UUUUGUUCUUUGACAAUUUCAUCCAUAUAUAUAACAAUUUUGUUCUUUGACAAUUUCAUCCAUGUAUAUAACGCCUCUGGCUGCUCUCUGUCCUCUGCCCUACCAGGUUCCCUCCCUCCGCCACCAGCCUCCCUUCUGCUCUACAAAUCUCUUUCUCAUAGUCAUGACUCUUUGGUUUGAAGAUAGAACCAAGUAUGUAAGUAGUUUUGUGGUGUUGGGUUCUUCAGUUAAAACAAUAGAAAAGAGACUUACUGGAUUGUAAAAUUAAGAGCCGAGUGAGCGAGCAUGCCACUAAUGGAGAAAGACGGAUUUUCAUGGAACCAGCACCUUCUUCCAGACCGUCUCCAUGUGAUGUCAACUGAAGCAGAACUUUGGCUCUUUAGGGUUUUGCUUUUGUUUUGUUUUCUGUUGUAGUGUAAUAUGUUUGUGCACAUACACCAGUUACUUCAUGUCCAGUGAAAGAGUGGAAGAAAAGGGUCAUGAACCAAACUGCACCUUUCUAGCUGAGAAUCUAUUCUCUGGCAGUAACGAAAUUCUGGAGUGGAGUAGCAGGCUCCCUGUUUAGUAGACACUUCCCCUCCGACACUGGAACACAUCUGUCUAUUUUCAUCCUCUGCUUCCAGCUGUGCAGGCCUGUCUGUUGCACUGAUUGGUUCCCCAUCCAACUGGAAUCUGAUCUGCCUCACAGACAAACCCUGUGCCUCACAAUAGGUGUUCGUUGGUUCACUGCCUCUUGACCUUAAACACCACAGAGCCAUCGCCUGUCACCUUCACAUAUAUAUGAGCCCUGUUCUCAGUCUUGGCUCCUUCCUUGGGUUAUGACAGGAUGUCACAGGGCAGAUGACACAGGACGGUUACAGGACAGUGAAACAAGGUGUUCUAAGACAAGCUCUGGAAGGAGGAAACACAACGGCUUCAGAAAGUCUCUAAAACAGACCAGAUUCAAUAGACCCCCUUCCUUCCCAAAACUACAGGAACAAGAAGGACUGCUGAGGGACACUUUCAGACAAGCUGAACUGCCUGGAAGAAGCUCAGACUGAAGAACCAAAUUGCCUGGAAAGAACACUUUUCUAUCCCAUUAAGUUGCCUGCAGGUUGUUUAGUGCAGUUCAGAUUUCCAAAUGUCAUGCUCUGUCACCUAGGUUGAGGUGGACUCUGGUGAUACAGCUGUCAUUUCUGCCCCUGUGAGUAACCCUUCACUCUUGUAACUAAUCUAAUGAAAUGAACUGGUUUGCCUGUUGGACUUUGGUAGUAUAGGUACUUAGGCCUGUAAUCAGUUCCCUAUCUGGGGUGAGUAGUCAUUUGUUCACAUCUUCCCAGGAACAGUGUCACACACCACGGUUCAGGUGGCUGGAGGCUUCUGGUAUAAUGUAUUGACAAACAAGGCAGUAUCGUAACUGAAGGUACAAAGUAAGGUAACUGCACAAUAAACAAAAUAAAUAAAAGGAUAAGGCAGGAAAGACUUAUAUACAAGGAUACUGACAAAGCCCUGAGAAACCUAACAAUCAUUCACAACACAAGUGAAUUAGGCAAGGACUAAGUUCUGCCAGGCAGGAUAACUGUCUUUGCAAAGGCAACAGUAACUAACUACAGGUCCUCCUCACAAAUUGCACCUAUCUACAAGUCUGUGGCUCCCUAAAACCUAGCCAUAGACCACCAUGGGCUAAUAGACGAUAAUUCUAAUUCAAGAGGGGAAAAAUUCAAGUUGAGAAAUAUUUCUGUCUAUGACAAUCACUUUAUCUGAACCACAAAGUCUGCGAGGUUUGACUGUGAGAAGAGGAUCGGAGGACACUAGGCUGUGAUAUCAUCUCCUUCGUGAGGAGGAUUGAUAUUCUUAUGAAAGAGGUGUCACACGACUGUGUGACUAGGCAGAUCUUCUGUCUUCCACUACGUGAGGACGCACGAAGCAUCUCCUCAGCACACAUCAAAUGCUAGCACCUUGAUAUCAGACUCCCCUGACUUCAGAUCCAUAACAAGUGACCUUGUAUUUGUCAUGAGUUACCCACUCUUAGCUAUUCUAGAACAGUAGCAUGAGCAGGCUAUGACAAUGCUAUAAAUGUUAAUUAGCGCAUAUGUGUGAUUAAAUAUCCUCAAGUUAGCCUAGAAAACAUUCAACAUGAAAACCUCUUAUUUGAAGCUUGCUAUCAGUGUCUGUAUAAAGUUUACAAGAUAAUCAGAAGGAAGACUAUUUAGAUACCGGUAAUUCGAUUUUUUUUCUUAAAAUGAAAUCAGCAAACAUCGCAUCCAAACAAUCUAAGCUAUUGUCCAUCUGGCUUCUGUACAAUUUUAUCAUUAAGCAUCUUUCAUCUAAAUAAUUCAGUAAGGAUUAUUAAUGGUCCCUGAUCCUCUACCAAAUACCUCUUUGCCUUUCUGUACAAUAGAAUCCAGAAAUUGUUGAGGAUAAUUCAGCCUGUGUGGUUUUACUGGAUCAGAUAUGUCUCUGAGAAGGAAAUGGUAAAGGAAGGAGGCAGGUCUUAGUUACAUCUAAAUAUGAGCAGCUCUUUAUGCACUGAGAGCACAAGACCACACAGAGUACAAUGUAGGAAACUCACCAGGAAUCUGUUCCAGUUCUAAUACGUUCCAACCCUUGUGGUAGGAAAGGCCACAAAAACCAAUCCAAAAGCACCGAGUUUAAACCCAGUCCAGAGAAGUCUCUCUGCUUGGAUAAUUUUGCAUGUUGCCACUCAUCAGAAGACAGGUUUAUCAACACACCCACCCUGAUUCCAAGCCAACAGCAAGCAGCAUUGUGGAGUCUGGGCAUCAGGGUGAAAGGGUGGCCAGGGCAUCAGCAGAUCGAAACAUGAGGGGACUGCUGGGCAGCAGCUGGAGGAAGUUUGGCCAUGCUGGCAGGGGGACAUACGAGUGGCUGACCAGCGAACCAAGCCUGCCCCUUCUGGAGCCCCAGCUGCAGGGCACUCAGCAGGUGAGUUCCACCCAGGCGGAUGUGAAGCCAUUCCUGUGCAUUCUACUUCCGGCCACCAUCAUGCUCUUCCUGGCCUUCUUGCUACUCUUCCUGUACCAACGCUGCCAGGCCCCACAGGCCCAAGGCCAGGUAUUCGGCAUCGACCUCCCAGAGCCCCCUUCUGUAGAGGUGACCGACAUCUUGCCCAGCCGGCCUUGGGGUAGCGAGCAAACUGUCCCUUACUCCCCACUGCCUGUCUUUGAGACCCUGCAACUGACCUGCCUGCCACCCUCCUAUGAAGAAGCCAUGGGGAACCUUCCUGGGAAGGAGAUCCUGGGCAUGGUGCCUCAGAAUGGAGAAGAGUCACCCUGACCAGAGGAGGAAAAGAAACUGCGCUGGAAACCUAAAACAUCUUCCCUACCCUUACAGACGGUGCAGGGAAAGAGAGGCCGGCCAUCCAGACCCAAGAAGCCGAGACUCACUGACGUCCUACCCUUAGGAUACUUUCUAAGUACCAGAUAACCCUGCUUUCCAGUUUCUUAGGGAAGAGACCCCCCCAAGUCCUUACCCAAACUUCCCUAAAUCAAACACCCCUUAGAGAAGUGGAAAAGUCGGUGAUGAGAAAAGAAAUGAACCAGUCGAAUGAAUAGGCUAAUUCCUAAACUCACUAGGAAUUGGUUCUGAACAGCCAGAAAAAAAAGGCGGGCCCAGCUGCCCAGCUAAAUUCCACUACGUUUGCCUCCACGUGAAAUUUGGGUUCCUAAAUCAGUUUUGCAGGGUCCUCUUAGCUUUGCUUCUAUUUCAAGAAACAUAGAGAGUCCUAGAAGCAAUAGAAAACAUUCCUAGAGCUUCGGGGUAAAUUGUACUAUAAAUAGCAAUGGUCUAUGUUUGAAUAUAAAUGGAAAUACAGGUUUGCAAAUAUUUUAGUUAAAAAAAUAACCCUUUUUAGUAUUAUUUCCUUUUUGUAUGGCUCUCAUAUAUGUCCUCUGGUUUGUUUUAUGGAGUGAAAAUGUAAUUUGUCUGGUUUCCAUGGGAAUGUCUCCCAGUGCACAAGUGCUAUGUAGAAGUGAUGGUUAUUAUAAUCUUGCAUUGUCUUAAUAUAUUUUUCAUGCUAUGUCAUUUUCACACACUAUAGUGCAACUGUAUACCCUAGAACACCAUAACUGUGUUGUAGUCUUCACCAUUGUAAAUAAAGGUUAAAAAAAUU